GCGUUCUCAUGACACGAACCUCGACACCAUGUGUUUCUAACUCUUUAUAGAACAACCGAGCCAAGGUGAGAAGCAAAAGUUCCGUCCUGAUGAACUAUGAAAUCCUGGAUCGAAUCACCAAGCGUCAUAACUUCCGAUCGUAAUUAGCAAAAAUUUAGAAAUAUUGCAAUCAGCAAGAAAUUAUCGUAAGGAAGCUUCGUACUCGGAAGAAAUCCUCAUUCUCGGGGAUUCUCUUCCGGUUCUUCGAUAUCUUCGAUAUAUUUCUUGAUAUCGUGGAAUUUCGCAAUGAGCCUGAAUUCCAAGCGACAGAUCGACCGUUGUUACACGUGUCUCCAAGCAACGGUCAACCGGGUUUGACAUAAAAAAUCGUCGAAGGGGCAGCGGGUCUGGGAUUUGCGAGACGAAGAAGGGGCGACGGAGAGGAGGCUUUGAAAAAUCGUGAGAGGAAGGAAAGAGAGAAAGAGAGACUCGCUCUCUAGCCUCGUGUAUGCCGUGAAAGUUAUAGCGAAGAGAGGCAAGCAAGGGGGGAUUCUGAAUCGCUUCUGGUACCUCUGGUAGAUCGUGGCUAAGCCAGUCGCUCGCUCGCCGCUCACCUAAACGGCUUUCACCUGGGCGAUUACGAAGAUCCUUGGUCGUCGACCGCCUUCGAACGAUCGUGUUCAACGGACAACCGUUCUCUCAAUCUGCGCGGAUGCACACGAAAAUCCCGUGGUUCCGUGGCCGGUGAUCGGUGAUCGACCCAACAGUCGACAUGUCUUCUGGAUGGUGAAUGGUGUAUUCCCUUCGUAGAAAUAGUGUUUUUAUACGAUCAAGAGGAAACAAGGGAUUUUGUUGUUCGCCAGGAAGUUAAAGAGCCUGUCAAAAACAUCGUUGACGAUCGGUUGACGGCUUUGUUCCGCUGAUCCCGUUGGACGAAUCGGUCUGAUCGGUUUCUGUUUCGACUGCAAGAGGAGGUUUCACUUUCGUCUAGCAGAAUGUCAAAAAGUCAGCAACAGAAUGGAAUGAUAGGAGGCGGUGGACCGGUCGCUGACACUGACGAUUUUUCGGAUGGUGAGAGUACUCCAUUGACUCAGGACUAUGGAGAAAGUCAAAGAACUGUCGUGGAAACGAAAGGAUGGGACGUGUUCCGGAAUCCACCGCCAAAGAUCGAUUCCGGUUCGAUGGCAAAUCAAAGAUGCCUCGAGAUGACGGUACAGAUCACGAAGGUGAUCGUCUACUUAUUAGUAUUUGUGAUAGUAUUAGGAAGCGGCGUAGUAGCCAAAGGAACAAUUCUAUUUAUGACGUCGCAGUUAAGAGCUAAUCGAACGAUCGCUUACUGCAACAAGAAAUUAGGCCGGGACAGGCAAUGGACAGUAACGUUACCAGAAGAGGAGAGGAUAGCGUGGAUCUGGUGCAUCAUAAUCGCGUUCGCGGUGCCAGAAUUUGGCACGUUAAUCCGCAGUACUAGGAUAUGUAUUUUCAAAUCGUGGAAGAAACCACCGGCUUCUCAUUUCCUUCUUGUCUUUCUCAUGGAGACAUUCCACGUGACCGGUCUGGCUCUGAUGUUUAUGGCAGUACUUCCUGAAUUGGACGUGGUUAAAGGUGCGAUGCUGACGAACUGCGUGUGCUUCGUACCUGGUUUACUAGGACUGCUCUCUCGCAAUAAGAACAAAGACGAGUCGAAGAGAUUUGUUUUGGUGCUGAUAGAUAUUGCCGCGCUCGCUGCUCAAGGAACAAGUUUCUUCCUCUGGCCUUUGCUGGAUAGUUCUCGACCCUCGUUAUGGCUCAUACCACCAUCUUUAUUCCUGGUUUCGUGCGGCUGGUGGGAAAAUUAUGUUUCGAUACAGAGUCCGAUCGGAUUUGUUCGAUCUCUGGGGAGAGUGAAGAAAGAAAUGCGGUUGACGAGAUACUUCACUUAUAUGUUCAUCUCGGUUUGGAAGAUCGUGGCAUUUUUUAUUAGCACCUUGCUGAUACUCCACGUCAAAGGCGAAACAGUUGGCCAUUUGUUCACGAUGCUGAGUGACGCUUUCGGAAGCCAUGACAUUAUGGCAUGGACACAACGGGUUGAAGUCACUGAUAAAAUCACCGAUGUUGCUGAUAUCUUGGAAAUUGGCGACACAGUACCUGUACCAGGAAGCGUAGAUACCCCUAUAUACGUUCUACUGCUGCAAAUAUUUGGUGCUUACUUCACAUACAUAUUUGGUAAAUUCGCGUGCAAAAUUCUGAUACAAGGAUUCAGUUAUGCUUUCCCGGUAAAUCUAACAAUUCCAGUGUCAAUCUCUUUAUUAAUUGCUGCUUGUGGCUUGAGGAACACCGAUCCUUGCAUAUUUCAAGGAACGAUUCCGGAUUAUCUGUUCUACGAGUCACCGCCAACCCAUUUCAUCAAUGAUUUCGUGUCGAAGCAAUAUGCUUGGGUAUGGUUGUUGUGGUUGCUGUCACAAACUUGGAUUACAUUGCACGUUUGGACACCGAAAUGCGAGCGUCUCGCCGCCACAGAGAAACUGUUCGUCGUUCCUAUGUACAAUUCUCUGUUAAUCGAUCAAUCGAUGGGUCUAAACAGAAAGAGGGACGACCAACCGGAAGUAAAAGUCGAGGAUCUGGCAGAGAUAGAAAAAGAAAAGGGAGACGGAGAUUAUGAGACCAUAUACGAACAGACGGAUGGCACGACUACACCUCCGUCGGCUGUAAAGAGCAGCGAUCACGUAACGAGAAUAUACGCCUGCGCGACUAUGUGGCAUGAGAACAAGGAGGAAAUGAUGGAAUUUUUGAAAAGUAUCUUACGUUUGGACGAGGAUCAGUGUGCUAGACGUGUAGCCCAAAAGUACUUGAAGGUUGUCGAUCCGGACUACUAUGAAUUCGAAACUCACAUCUUUUUCGAUGACGCGUUCGAGUUAUCGGAUCACGAUGAGAACGAACAGCAAGUGAAUAGAUUCGUAAAAUUGUUGGUGGGCACUCUAGAUGAGGCAGCGUCGGACGUUCAUCAAACACGGAUGCACGUCAGAGCACCGAAGAAAUAUCCGACGCCUUACGGUGGCCGAUUAGUCUGGACUCUUCCUGGAAAAACGAAGAUGAUCGCACAUUUGAAGGACAAGAGCAGGAUUCGUCAUCGAAAACGUUGGAGCCAGGUUAUGUACAUGUAUUAUUUAUUGGGACAUCGAUUAAUGGAAUUGCCAAUUAGCGUAGAUCGUAAGGAAGUGAUCGCAGAAAACACUUACUUAUUAACUCUUGACGGUGAUAUCGAUUUUCAACCAGCCGCUGUGAAACUGCUCGUGGAUUUGAUGAAGAAGAACAAAAAUCUUGGCGCAGCCUGUGGUCGUAUUCAUCCAGUCGGUUCAGGUCCUAUGGUUUGGUAUCAGAUGUUCGAGUACGCUAUCGGACAUUGGUUGCAAAAAGCAACUGAGCAUAUGAUCGGCUGUGUACUUUGUAGCCCUGGUUGCUUCUCGUUGUUCAGAGGAAAAGCUUUGAUGGACGAUAACGUGAUGAAGAAGUACACAACGAGAUCUGACGAGGCUAGACAUUACGUUCAAUACGAUCAAGGAGAGGAUCGAUGGCUUUGUACGCUUCUUUUGCAACGUGGGUACAGGGUAGAAUAUUCAGCAGCCAGCGAUGCUUACACUCAUGCACCCGAAGGUUUCAACGAGUUUUACAAUCAACGGCGUCGAUGGGUACCAUCUACCAUUGCCAAUAUCAUGGAUCUUCUGAUGGACGCGAAACGAACGAUUAAAAUCAACGAUAACAUUUCUCUGCCUUACAUCUCUUAUCAAAUCUUACUCAUGGGUGGAACCAUUUUAGGACCAGGCACGAUUUUCCUCAUGUUGGUCGGUGCUUUCGUCGCAGCCUUCAAAAUCGAUAAUUGGACCAGCUUCUAUUAUAAUAUUAUUCCUAUUCUGUUCUUCAUGCUUGUAUGUUUCACUUGUAAAGCGAGCAUUCAGCUUCUGUGCGCGCAGAUAUUGUCGACAGGAUACGCGAUGAUAAUGAUGGCUGUGAUCGUAGGUACGGCCCUCCAACUUGGGGAGGAUGGUAUCGGUUCACCUUCUGCGAUAUUCUUAAUAUCAUUAUCCAGCUCCUUUUUCAUAGCCGCCUGUUUACAUCCUCAAGAGUUUUGGUGUAUUGUUCCUGGUAUAAUAUAUCUCCUUUCAAUCCCCUCGAUGUACCUUCUUUUGAUCCUCUACUCGAUUAUAAACUUGAACGUCGUCUCGUGGGGAACUCGUGAGGUCCAAGUGAAAAAAACCAAAAAGGAACUUGAACAAGAGAAAAAGGAAGCCGAGGAAGCAAAACGGAAAGCGAAACAGAAAUCUCUGUUAGGGUUCCUUCAAAGUGGCGUAGGCUCGAACGACGAUGAAGAAGGAUCGAUAGAAAUUUCUUUGUCGGGAUUGUUCAAGUGCAUGUUCUGCACUCAUGGACAAACCUCGAAUGAGAAACAGCAAUUGGUCGCUAUUGCUGAAUCUUUGGAGCAAGUUGGCAAACGCCUGGAAGUUAUCGAAAGAGCCGUGGAUCCUCAUGGGGUGACAAAUCGACGUCGUGCAUCCUCCGUGGGUUCUCGAACAGCUGAUCAUUUAGGGGCCAUUGGCGAAGAUCCAGCAGAGGAUCAGGAUUGUCAUAGUGAAGCUGAAACGGUGACUAGUCAGAAUACGGAAGGGAAUCGCGAAGCUAACAACUUCCUAAGCAGACCUUACUGGUUGAGCGACGAAGGACUUAAAAAAGGUGAAAUCGAUGUCCUGUCGCUGCAGGAGGAACUAUUUUGGAAGGAUCUUCUGGAGAAGUAUCUGUAUCCUAUAGACGAAGACAAGGCAGAAAAGACUCGCAUUGCCGCCGACCUAAUUGAGCUGCGGAACAAGAGCGUGUUCGCGUUUUUUAUGUUCAAUGCGUUGUUCGUUCUGAUCGUAUUCUUGCUCCAGCUGAACAAAGAUCAGCUGCACGUUGUCUGGCCACUCGGCGUCAAGACGAAUAUCACCUUCAUCGAAGAGACCUCGGAGGUACACAUUACGAAGGAGUACCUACAACUCGAGCCUAUCGGUUUGGUGUUCGUGUUCUUCUUCGCAUUGAUAUUAGUUAUUCAAUUCACCGCGAUGUUGUUCCAUCGAUUUGGCACGUUCGCUCAUAUUCUAGCCAGCACUAGCUUAGAUUGGUACUGUUGCAAGAAGACCAAAGAUUUAUCGGAAGAAGCGUUAUUAUCAAAACACGCGGUGGAAAUAGUCAGGGAUUUGCAAAGAUUAGACGGCAUGGAGGGUGACUACGAGGAAGGCAGUGGCAGCGGCCCGGGCAGAAGGAAAACCAUAAGAAAUCUUGAAAAAAGCCGAAGAAAAACGCAGGCAAUCAAUACGCUUGAUGUCGCUUUUAGACAGCGAUUCUUCAGUAUGUCAGAAGGCAAUGGUCUGCCGAGGAACAUGUCGACUAGAAGAUCUGCAAAGGCUUUUAAGGCAUUUGAGGGGCGCAGGAACAGCAUAAUGGCGAUGAGGAGGAAGUCGCAGAUGCAAACGUUAGGAGCCAAUAACAUUUACGGUGUGGCAGGCAAUUCUUUAGGGAUUCAAGGUCGUCCCUCGAGAAGCAGUCAGAUUUCUGUAAAAAACAUGUUUGAAGGACACGCUGGCCACACGAAUUCAGCCUAUGAACCUGACGAAAAUACCGGAAGUAGCCUCAGACUUCACAAUCUAGGUCAGAGCACGUGGAGAGAUGCGAAUACCAAUAUUUAAUUGAAACGAAUGAACAUAAUUCGAACAAAUUCUUCACGGACGUACGUAAUUGUUGGAAAAUAUUAAAACUGACCAACUUUUUUACUUUAUAUCCUUAUAUAAAAAUAUUUGUUAGAUGAUCAACGACGAUAACCAUCACAUACGUUUCACGAGAAGCGAGAAAUGGCUACGCCUCCUUUGCUAAACAUUACAAGCAAUAAAAUCGAUUCCCAUUUAAAUUAUAAUAUUAUCAUGCAUUUAAGCGCUUCGUCUAGCAAUUGUCUGUUAAUUAUCUGACUCUAUAUGACGUAAGAGCGAAUAGAAAAGUACGAAAAGACUGCCUUCGAGUAGACUAAUUUAUGAUGAAGUGAAAUGGAACAGGGCCGUCUUUAAACUCUCUAUUUAUUUAUUCGAAAAAAAGUGAACAAAGUUCCCUUCUUCUCUGAACGAUAAAGAACAACGAAGAACAAAAAAAAAAAAAAAAAAAAAUUACAUAAGAAUAGAAACUAGAAAUUUAAAUAUAAUAAAUUAGGGACUUUAAUAGAAUAUAUCUAAUUCUAUUUUAUAUCUAAAAUAUUUGUUCAACUUGAACGAGUUAAAGACAGUCCUGAGGAAGAAAACGUUUUUUUGUCUUCAUUUUUAUUCUUUUUAUUUUAUUUCUUUUUUUUGCGCUUAGAUAUUUAAGAUAAAUGAACUGACCGGUGAAUAACGAUAUUUGUUAGUACAGCUACUGCCGUACGAUGAUUAAACGGUUUUAGAGAAUAAUUCUCUGUUUAGGUAUUAAUUGAACGUAAUAGCCUUGUUAGCUGGUGUCGUAUCAAACGAAAGUGACAGUAAUCACAACGACGACAACGCUUACACUUCUUUCGUUCUUGUAAACGUGAUAUGCCGCCGUUUAUAUAAAUAUACUUAUUGUAUUUAAUAGAUAUACAAUUCUUUUUGUACAUAUCGCGUGCGUACGUGUAACGUUAAGCCUGUAGAAAAAUCGUGUUGGUAUAAACAUAAACGAAAUAAAAUUCGAACAAUCAGCA